AUGGCCGAGGAAGCCGCAGCAAAAGCUGCUGUGGGCCUCGCAGGUUCCCGUGAGAACGUCUACUUGUUGACGUACUCCUUCAAUCAGGACUUCUCCUGCUUCGUCUGUGGCACCACCGCGGGAUUCCGGGUCUUUGCGCUGGAAGACAAUGCCAAGUCGUCUGCGAUCUCUGAGAAGCUCAGACGAGAACAUUCGCCUGGAUUUCGACACAGCUCGGUGAUGCUGAUCUCCAUGCUCUUCAAGAGCGCCAACUUUGCCAUGGUCAACCAAACCCUCGAGCCGCAGGGCGAGCCGGCUCCGGGCUGCAUGAACAAGGUUCAGAUCUGGGAUGAGCGCAAGCAGAAGGUCGUAGCGGAGCUCCGUUGCCGUAACGAGGUGAAAGGCGUCUGUCUCCACAACUCUGUCAUCGUCAUGGUGUGUGAAUACGUGAUCUACGUUUACACCUCGGGUGAGCACUUGAAAGUCAUUCUUCAUCUGGACACCGGCUCCAACAAGCUGGGCCUUUGUGUGGUCGCCGUCUCCAGCGACCCCUGGCUUCUCUGCUGCCCGGCUCAGAACAAGGGUGCCGUCCGUAUCCAAGUGGGCCAGGAUGCUGGAGCCACUCACGUCUUCCAGGCGCACCAGUCGGGAUUGGCAGCUUUGGCUUUGAACGCGUCGGGCUCGCUGUUGGCUACAGCAUCAGAAUCGGGCACCGUCGCAAAGGUCUUCCGCACGUCCGACGGUCAAGCACUCUACAGGUUGCGCAGGAGUACACGUUCUGCAGUGAUUUCAAGUCUUGCAUUCCGCUCGGAUGACAACUUCCUUGCUAUGGCGUCGUCCUCUGCUACUGUGCAUAUCUUCAAGCUGGACAGCUCCACAGCAGAGGUAGACACCGACAGGGGGGAGAAGGACAAAGAGAACUCGUCUCCUGCCCUGGGCCCCCAAGAUCUAAGACCACGGCCCAGUCUCUCCGGCACAAUCUCUGCUCUGCAGACCUUGCAGUCGAAGGCCGCUGAGGCGGUGCGAGGUCUGACGUACCUCGCGGAUUUGCGGAGCUUCGGGCAGUUCCGUUUGCCUGACAUGGAUGGUGGCCAGCCAGCAGUUGACACCCGCAGCAAGCAGUCCAAGAUCGUAGGCCCUAUCCUGGCAUUCCACAAGACAGAGCCGCGGCUCUAUGUGCUGCAUUUCAACGGCUUCCUCUACGAGUGUAGCUUCCAGCCAGACUACGACCUGAGCCGGGGAGCACAAGAGUGUGGCUUUGUGGCGGCAACGACGUGGUUUGCUACCCGGCCAGACUUCAAGGUGUCCGCCCCCAUCACGGAGCUGAAAACAGAGCCUGGGGGGGAGAAUGAAGGUGACGAAGCUGAGGAGUGGCAGCUUCUCUAG